CAAAUCAUUCAGCAGAGAAAGCACAAACGGAGGUGGAGCAACAAAUCCAAAGGGUUGGGCGGCCGCCGAGGACCCUCUCUCACUAAAAUCUGUUAACACGAAUACUUAUGCAAAUGGCUGCUUCAUUCUCUAAUCACGCCGUGUUGUCUCCUCAAUUUUCAGCUUUUUCUUUAAAACCCUCAAUCCACACCAUAUCAUCUUCAUCACGAGUUCAAUUUCCUUCCCGAAAACCUCGUUUUUCAAAAUCCUUCUCUGGGCGUUCUCCAUCGAACCUUUCCUUCCCUAUGAACAGGACAAAGUUUUCCAAUAGGUCGACUUUCAGGCUUCUCUUUCUUCCCAGGAAUCUGCUCGCACUCUAAGUUAUUUUUUGGCCUAAUGGGUUCAUUUUUUUCCCUUGCACUAUAUCCACUAAUUAUUAAUUUGUAGCAUUAGAUCGAGAAAAUGAUUUUGUAGAAUUUCCUAGUUUUCAUAGUAGAAGAAAAUUAGCUGGAGGUGAAAAUUGAAUUGUUAAGUGAAGCUUGUUAUUGUCUAAUUGCUUGUAAUAGUGAUAAUUUCAUUAAGGAAUUUUAUCAGGGAAAUGUACAAACAUCGGGAGGCAGUUUAAAGGCCAUGCUUAGAGUUUACAAGGAGGCUCUUCUAAAGGGAGAUGAUAGGAUUGUAUCAGAGAUUGAGAAUAGAAUAGCAUUUUUGGAAAAUGAGAAGAAUGGGUUGGAAAAACAAGUUAUGGAUUUAUCAGCAGAGAUAACCUCCGGGAAAGAGAAGUAUAUCCGUCUGCAAGCUGAUUUUGAUAAUUUUUGGAAGAGGUCGGAGAAGGAGAGACUUACGGCAAGGUCUGAUGCUCAAGGAGAAGUGAUUGAGAGUCUUUUUCCCAUGAUUGACAGUUUUGGGAGAGCCAAGCAACAAGUAAAACCGGAAACCGAGAAAGAAAAGAAGAUCGAUACGAGUUAUCAGGGUAUAUACAAGCAAUUUGUGGAGAUCAUGAGGUGUUUGCAAGUGGCCGUCGUCCCAACUGUUGGAAAGCCCUUUGAUCCCUCUUUACACGAAGCCAUAGCACGGGAAAAGUCUCUAGAAUUCAAAGAAGGGGUAAUCAUCCAAGAAUUCCGCCGUGGGUUUCUCCUUAGGGACCGGCUAAUAAGGCCAGCGAUGGUUAAAGUAUCUUCAGGACCAGGUAGUAAGAAAGCAACUGCUGCCUCUGAUCACAAAUCUUCUGGCCAACCUACAACAGCUGGAGAUGAUGAGUAAGUCUAGAAAGGCAUCAAAUGUGAAGGCAUUUGCUGUCGGAUAUAUUUUCCAUUUACUUUGGUUUUAUUGUUUGUCAAAUUCAAUUUUCACGGGCCACAUCUUGUUAUUUCUGGUAUUAAAAGGAGGCAAUAAAACACUUGUACAGCUAAGAAUAUUCUUUCAGAUAAGAUAAUUUG